AUGUUUUCAACACUGAGCUCCAGAGUGACGGUAAGAGCAGCUCCGAUCCGAUUCAUGAAUCUUAAUGAAAACCUUCGGGUACGUUGUUAAAGAUGUAGCUGAAGCAGAAAACCGUAAAGAAGAUUCAAGACGUAGAUAAACGCACCGAUGACCUGAUAGUUAUUCCAUCCCAUCGUAAUUUGAAGUUGGUUUGUUGUUCUGUUUGUCUGAACUGAAGUUUGUGAUGAAUGUUUGAAUCUUGCAUCUGUUUGGAAUGACUUUAAGGGGACAGGUGGGGAACCAUGCAACCUAGAGAAACAUGUGAAAGUGUCAAAGAUAGUCAAAGAUUGUUCGGUGUUCACCUCUUGAACCGACCUCAUGGAUUUAAAACCAUGAAGAACAAAACUUCUUUUACUUUGCAAAUUGAAAUUUCAGUUUAUCUGACCUCUCAAUAAAGGGUGUAAGCAUGAAUGAGACUAGUUUAUAUUGAUGGUCACAGAGUCACGUAGUUAAAAAGACUAAAAGUACAAUCUUGUUUACCGUUUAUUCUUAAGUGUUAAAUAAAUUAUUAAUUUAACUUUCAAAAACCAGCAGAAAAACAAAACUUAAACAUGUAAAGGGCAAAGUUGACAAAAACCAAAAGCUUUAAUAUUAAAUGUGUAGAAAAGUGGUUGAAAUGCGACAUUUUUAUGCAGCUCUAUGAGGAUUUAUCUUCCAAGUGUUUGUGAAAGUGUUAAAGAAGUGUUAAGAAAUGUUAAAUCAGAUUCUUAUUCUCGAAAGUCGGGUCCAUGUACUCAUCUGUAACGUUUCAUUUUCACAUCUUUAUCGGUUUUAAUUGUGAAUUUGAAAGUUCAAGAGUAUAAUUUAACAAGAAGCUCAGAUACGUUUCCUGGUAAAAAGCCCCUGAUAUUUUCCAGAGUACGUGUCUAAAAACCACAUCUCCUCAUCUGCUCUUCCUCAGGUUGCCGUUGUCGCGGCACUAAUGAUGAUGAUGAUGAUGACGACGGAAGCCAUGCCAAAACACUCGGCAAAGACGCACAAGAAGUCCCACGACGGAGCGGCGUUAAAGACCGUCCCCCUGCAGCUUGACCCCAGCACUUUCACUCACGCCUCAAACAUCAGGUCCCUGCAGAACGUCUCCAUCUCCCCGUGGACGUACAAGUAUGAAGACGCUCUUCUUUAACAGUGCAGCACCAUCACUCUUUAACCACUUUGGUAAACUGAUAUUGACCGUUCUUCUCCUCUCUCCCUCCAUCUUCAGCACCACCCACGAUGACUCCAUGUACCCACCAACGCUGUCCGAGGCUCGUUGUUCCCUAAAGGGCUGUCUGGACUCAGAGGGCCAGGAGGACCAGAGCCUGCAGUCCAGACCCAUCAUGCACCAGGUGCUGGUUCUGCGCCGGGUCAGGUCUCCGGGAUCAGGCGACAGCUACCACUACCGCCUGGAGUCGCGCCUCAUCGCAGUGGGCUGCACCUGCAUCCGACCGAUCAUCACACCCCAAAACUGA